UAAAUCGACGCAAUCGAGACAGCUGGAUAUGAAGGGGAAGUCCCUCUCCGAUAUCACUAAGCGUUGGUUUGUUGACUAUCCGUCCAACAACACUUCUCGGCAGUGAGCAGUGAGCAGUAGAUACAGGAGCAUGUGACGUUACAUUUUAGCAUUCAUUAUGAACAAACGUAUGAAAGUUGGAUUUGCUUUCAUAUUUAUUUUGAACAUAGCUGUAGGAAUUGCAGUUGUUUGUCAAAUGGUGUCACGACAAACCAAAAAGCAAUCACAAGGUCAGCUUACAAAGGAACAAAUCGACAAUAUAUACAUGGAACACGUAACAACCAUUGCUAUGCCCAGUCUUACACGGACAAAUGUAGAAAAACCGACCAUAUCAGCAGAAUUCCUCAAUUUAUUAAAGCCUAUAGCCUACUUCCCGGGACUAGACUUUAGUCACACUGAUGAUAAAACCCUUACAGACACACCAUUAAGAAACUGGGUACCUUUUGUCGGACCAGAGAGACAACUUUUGUACAACGGGAUGAAGUAUGAGAAUGGCAGCAUCACAGUGCCCGCCACUGGAGUAUAUGCCGUAUAUAGCCACAUCAAGUUUUACACAGAAAGAAAUAAUCAUGACGAUGCUGAGUCUGAUUUUCAUCAUAGUAUAACACGGUACAGUGCACUGAAGCAAAAUGGAGAAGCAGUUUUGAGGAAUGUCAUCAGCGAGAACAAAAACAGCAUCAUUGAUGGAGCAAGUCUGGAGUACUCCAGUGAUGUUCAUGGUUUGGUGCAGCUGGACGCUGGUGAUCAGCUGCUGGUGAAAGUAUCAGGGAUGAAUCCACUGAGACAUGACAGGGACUGGCAUUAUUUUGGAGUAUACAUGACGUGAUGGUUCCCUACUGGCAAUUUUACAGUUGUCGAGGUUAAGGAGGUGUAAUGAACAUGUGCAUGUGAUGUAUACAUUAUAAAUGGAUUCUGGGAAUACACGAAAAUGGCACAUUGAUAACAAUUUGAAACCAUCAAGCUUUGUGUCGCAAUUAAUACCCUGACACAAACACAAAUGUGAAUAAUUGUGUGUGAGUAGUUUGUAAAAAGGCAAGAACAAUUAAAUUUUGGUAGUUAAUAAUGUAUUCCGAGGCAAAUGAUACCUUUAAUGUCUGUCUACCAGCGUGUGUGAAUACACGUUUGUAUGUCAAUCUGGCUAUGAGCCGACUCUUUCUUCAUACUUCGUCGUUAGAUGUCCCUCCUUAUUACUUCGUGCCAAGAACAUUACAUUUUAUGUCAUUUAUAUAUAUUCGACAAUAUAAUACAUGCAUAGUUAGACAGAAUAUUUCAAAUAAAUUAUUUGUUUAAUAUAACUUUAGAAUAUGUCAGCAUUGGAAACGAAUGUGAAACUUCGGUUUAUGAGAUUCGACAAGUUUGACCAUCAGUAUGUUACGUAAUGUAUUUCACAGUUUCUCUACUGUCAUCUUAAUCAAUUAAACAUACUUGGUUGAUAGAACCUAUUACUCCCUUCAUAGUCAUUAAGAUGCGUUGCACAUACCGUUAAAUAACUUCCAGUGAACUUUAAGCAACAUUUUGAAUGUGUAAUGUUAUACAUAUGUGUGUUAGAAGAAGAUUAUAUCUGAUUCAUAUGCAUUCAGCAUGAUU